UAUUGAGUCCGGCAAAGCCAAAAAGAGAGAGACCGAACAAACCAUGAACGGAACAACCAUGAACGGCAAGAAAGACCAACACACAUCUCCACAGUCUCUCCUAACCGAGACAAACACUAUCAACCUCAAGAAAGACCAAUACACAUCUCCACCGUCUCUCCUAACCGAGACAAACACUAUCAACGGCAAGAAAGACCAACACACAUCUCCACCGUCUAGUCUAACCGAGAAGCUACCUGUCAUUGAUCUAAGCGAUCCGAAUGAGGAGCUAAUAACAAACCAACUGGUGAAAGCGAGCGAAGAGUGGGGGAUUUUUCAGGUGGUUAACCAUGGCAUUCCUGCGGAGUUAAUGCAGCAGCUUCAAGACUCGGGGAGGAAGUUUUUCGAGUUACCGGUAUCCGAAAAGGAAACUGUUAGAAAGCCAGCUGACUCCACAGAUAUGGAAGGUUACUUCACCAAAGAUCCAAAAAAUUUCAAGGCUUGGGGAGAUCAUCUGCUUCAUAAAAUCUCCCCACCAUCGUCUGUCAACUAUAGAUAUUGGCCUAAGAAUCCUUCAGAUUACAGGGAGGUGACGGAGGAGUACACAAGGAAUGUUAAGAAGCUAACGGAGAAGAUUAAUGGUUACUUAUCAAAGGGGUUAGGGUUAAGGCGUGAGGCUUUGACAGAAGGUAUAGGUGGCGAUACAGCAGUGUAUUUGUUAAGGGUCAAUUACUAUCCGCCGACAUCGGAUUCAGUUCUCGGAGCACCGCCGCACACAGAUUUCUGCGCAAUCACACUUUUCAUCCCCGACGAGGUUCCAGGGUUUCAAGUGUUCAAGGAUGACCACUGGAUCGAUGUUGAGUAUACCAAGUCAUCAGUCCUUGUCCUCAUCGGUGAUCAGUUCAUGAGGAUGAGCAACGGGAGGUACAAGAACGUGUUACACAGAUCAGUACAGAACAAGGAAAAGACAAGAAUGUCGUGGCCCAUUUUCGUAGAGCCUAAUCAUAGUUUGGUCAUUGGACCUUUGCCUGAGCUCACGGGAGACAAGAAUCCUCCCAAGUUUGAGUCUUCAACUUUCAAAGAGUACGUACACCAAAUGGUCCAAAACCUUCUUCGGGCAUCGUAAAGGAUUGGCACCUCACUACUACAAUCGAGUUUCAUAUUUUUAUAUAAGUAAUUAUGUAUGCUAAGUAAAAGUUGUGUGUGUUAUAAGUUAAGUAGUUUCUCUUUGUUAAGGGUCACAAUAAAGAAGAGUCACAACUCUUCUAUUUAAACCUGUUGUUGUAAUGUGGAAACACAAGUCGUUGGUUGUCACUUUCUAUCUAAUAAUUAUAUAGAUGUUUCUUUUUUAUA